AUGGAGGACUGCCUGCACACCUCCUCCGAAAACCUGUCGAAGCUGGUGAGCUGGGCCCACAGCCACGGCACCAUCUGCAGCCUCAUCCCCAACCUGAAACACCUGCUCUCCGAGGGGGCCCACGGCAACCUGACGGCCAUGUGGGGCUGCAGCGCCGGCCAUGCCUACCACUGGCCCCUGGCGGCCACCUGCCGGGCCGGCUCCCAGGAGCGCGUCUGCUUCCAGGACAGCCGCAGCUUCAACUCAGACAGCCCCAGCAUCAUCGGGGUGGCCUCGGAGGCACAAGCCAGCCCCCUGGAGCGCUACCCGGGGCGGCCGGGCAAGGCCAAGCUGGACUGUGCCCGCACCCGCGACUCCUGCGACUUCUCCUACUGCAGCGAGCCCUCGGAGCUGGGCGAGGCCGUGGAGGAGUAUGAGGACGAGGCCACCCUCUUCGACAUGGUCUGCGAGUCCUCCGUCACCGACGAGGACAGCGACUUCGAGCCGCACCCGCACCGGGCCCCCAGCGCCUCCCGCAAGCGGCCCGCCGCCGCCCUCGGCCUCAGCCUCGGCCCCAGCCCCGCCGCCCCCGGCCAGGCCGCCGACGAGGGCGGCGCCGAGGUCAUCGUCAAGAAGAUAAAGCAGGAGCUGCCGGAGGACUACUACAUCGUGGCCAACGCCGAGCUGACGGGCGGCGCGGACGGGCCGGCGCUCUCGCUGACGCACAUGGCCAAGCCCAAGCCCCAGCCCCACGCCGGGGCCUCCUACCCCUGCGCCGCCAAGACGGCGCCGCCAGCCGCCGACCUCGACCCGCAGGGCGCCACCGCCGCCUCCCCCGUCCCGCCCCGGCCGCCCGCCCCGAAGCCGGCCCGGGGCGCCGUGGCCUCCCCGGGGCGCGGGGCCGGCCCGCAGGCGCCCGUGAGCAGCUCCAACGCCACCGGCAAGCCCAUCAGCAUCCCUCUCUCGGCCCUGCAGCUGCCCGGGCAGGAGGAGCCCCCCGGCGCUGAGGACGCCCCGCCGCCGGCCCCGGGCCGCGAGGCGGCCUCCUCCCCGUCGGUGAGCGCCGAGCCCGAGGUCAGCUCCAGCCAGCAGCCGCCCCACGCCGCCCCCGUCGCCGGCCCCGCCGAGGCGGCGGCGCCGGCCCCGCCAGACCAGGAUGAGAGAGCGGCAGAGCUCAGCAGGGAGCAGAACGAGAAGACUAUUCGCAGCACGCAGACAGCUCUCCGCAACUUCCGGGAGUUCCUCAUCUCCAAGUACCCUUCUGAGACACGGGAGAUCUACGUCAUCCCCUGCAAAGAGCUCGAUGCCUACCUUGCUUCCUUCUUUGUGGAUGCCAGACAAAAGGAUGGGUCUGAGUAUGAGCCAAACAGCCUGGCCAACUAUCAGUGCGGGCUGGAGCGGUAUCUCAAAGAGCACAGGUAUGGAUACAGUAUUACCAGGGAUAAGGAGUUCAAGAGGUCCCAGGAAGCUCUGAAACAGAAGCAGAUAGAGCUGAGGUGUAAAGGAAAAGGAAACAAGCCACACAAAUCCAUGAAGCUCACCUUUGCUGAUGAGCUUAUUCUGCGUAAAAGAGGUUUAUUGAGCCGGUACAAUCCUGAAGGGUUGCUGAACCUUGUCUGGCUAAACAACACAAAGGCAUUUGGACACUGCACAGGUUUCCAUGGAUCUACCCUCAAGUGGGGAGACAUUCGCCUCCGGGUGACAGAGACGGGCUUGGAGUACCUGGAGUGGAUGGGGCCGGACAACGGAGAUGUCAACACCAAGAGCAAGCGAGGCGGGACGGACUCCCGGGUGUAUGCCACCCAGCACUCCCCGCAGACCUGCCCUGUGCAAGACUACAAGGAGUACGCCCAGCGGCGGCCCCCGGCCAUGCGCUACGAGGAUGCUCCUUUCUACCUGUCCAUCAAACCCGUGGUCAACUUGGCCGCGCUUCACUGGUACAAUUGCCAAGCCCUGGGGAAAAACAAGCUUGCCAAGAUGGUAAAGACAAUGUGUGAGAAAGGCAACAUCCCCGGCAGGAAGACCAACUUCAGUGUCUACCAGAGCUGUAGCACCCUGUCAGAAGCACAGAGCAACCAGCUGGUGCUGAUCUGUAACAACUUGAGCCAGCAAGCUGCCCAGUCCAUGGCAAGCCACUCCAAUACUGGCAAUUUCAUAGUGUCAGCUUCCUAUGACUCUUCCUCUGACACAGCUUGAAAGAGGGAUAUAAGUUGAACAAUUUAUUCUUUUCAUUUCAAGCACUGAAUUUGUGCCCAAUAAUACACAUCAACUGUGAUUGUACACUAUUUCCC